UCUUCAUGAGUGUUAAUGAACAGCAGUUGUGAAUGUGUGAGGCUAUUAGAGCGCCUCAAUCUCUUCCCCAGACUCCAGGCUGAAUUUCCCUGGCUGACGUCAGCUGACUGUUUUGGCUGUACUAGGCGCUCCGGACACCGCGCUGCCGCUGCUGCUGUAAAAAUGCUGCUCUCCGUGCCGCCAAGGACAGGAAUCAACCCAUUUAACGGCUAUACCAGCAGGACCAGUAAAAAGCAGACGUAUGCAUCCUCCACCCAGCAGAUGGCACCGCCCAGUCCUAACACCACCACCAGCAGUAAUGGAAGCAGCAGCGUUGGGGACCAGCUGAGCAAAACCAACCUGUACAUCCGUGGUCUCCAUCCAGGAACCACAGACCAAGACUUGGUCAAACUAUGUCAACCCUAUGGGAAAAUAGUAUCUACCAAAGCCAUCCUUGACAAGACCACCAACAAGUGUAAAGGCUAUGGCUUUGUGGAUUUCGACAGCCCGGCCUCAGCACAGAAAGCAGUGACAGCGUUAAAGGCCAGUGGAGUUCAGGCUCAGAUGGCAAAGCAACAGGAACAGGACCCCACAAAUCUGUACAUCUCCAACCUGCCUCUGUCUAUGGAUGAGCAGGAGUUAGAGAGCAUGCUCAAGCCCUUCAGUCAGGUCAUCUCCACACGCAUCUUACGAGAUGCUAACGGAACCAGCCGUGGAGUGGGUUUUGCCAGGAUGGAAUCGACUGAGAAGUGUGAGACCAUCAUUCAACAUUUCAAUGGCAAAUACAUCAAGACUCCUCCUGGAGUAGCAGUGCCUACAGAGCCCUUACUGUGUAAGUUUGCUGAUGGUGGACAGAAGAAGCGUCAGAAUCAGGGGAAAUAUCUCCAGAAUGGGCGGCAAUGGCCAAGAGAUGGCGAAACUAGUGGGAUGACGCUAACAUAUGACCCUACCCCUGCUUUACAAAAUGGGUUUUACUCGCCUUCCUACAGCAUCGCUCCAAACAGAAUUAUUGCCCAGACUUCUAUCUCUCCAUACAUGCACUCACCUGUAUCCACCUAUCAGGUACACAAUCCGUCCUGGAUACAUCAUCAGUCUUACCUCAUGCAGCCCACAGGUACCGUCCUCACACCCACAGUGGACCACACCAUGACCAUCCAGCCCACUGCCAUAAUAGGGCCUCUUACACAGCAGCUCAGCCAUCUAACCCUGGGCAGCAAUGGCACGUAUAUGCCUGCAAACACAGCUAUGCAAGGGACAUACAUUCCACAAUACGCCCAAGUGCCUCCCUCAAGUGUCGCUGAGGAAAACAGCAUCCAACAGCAGCAGCAGGUUGCCAUAGAGACGCCCACAGACCACACAACAUACUCCUACCAUCAUGGCAAGUAAAGAGGAGGAGAGAUUGAGGAUGCAGGAUAUUGAAUCACCUCUGUUGACAUGAAGAAAGAAAAAAAGGACAUUAUGAAAAGGAAUUGAGAAGCUGGUCUCUUUCCAGUUAAAGGAAGUUGACUUUCAUUGUUUUGUUUUUUUGAGAACACCAACUGUUAAUGAAGCUAAACUUAUUUCAGUAACAGAAAGAUAGACUUGGAUGGAGAAGGCUAUGACUACAGAAUGUCAUAAAUUCAUAAGCUUUUUUAACACAAAGGCUCACGUGCACACACACAUACACACUCCAGUACACAUGACAAAUAUUAUUUUCUGCAGCUUUAUUUUUUAAAAUAUUCUGCAAAGCCAGAAUGAAACAAUGUUACAGCACCAUAUGUCAUUUUAAUUUGAUGUAAUAUGUUUUUGUAAAAUUCAACAAAAAAAGUUUUGUUGACUGCUUUUAAAAUGUUUUCUGCAGGAGGAAUUUUGUACAUAAAAAAACAAUGUUUUUGCAAAGAUCUUGCUGCAUUUUAAGGAAAUCUUGAGAAACCUGCUUAAAUGAGCAGUUAAGUUGUUGUUUUGAUAGAUCUACAAAAAACUUGCUGUAUCAAAGAAAUUUGUAAAUGUACUCAUCGUUUCAGGUAGUUGGUUUCCAGUGGGAGCUUGAAUUCUUAAACCAAGUCCUCAUAUCCCCUAAGCCCCUCACAAAAAUUUUUACUUUUUUUUCUUCCUAAACACUGCUUUAUCUUGUAAGUUAGGUCAUACUCUGUUUAAAUGUUGAGAUUUAUUUUUGUAUUUGAACAUAAUUUUUUAAAGAAACUUUCAAAGUGAAGCCAUUUGGGUGAUAAACUUUUUUAUGGCUUUGUUUUCAUGUCAAUGUUUGUCACACAUAUCCGUUAUGUAUUUUCUUUUAUGCAUUGUAAGAAGUGCUCCACAAACAUUGUAAUGUUGGCAUGUAAAUUAAUUUCUUGCCUUGGUAAACUUUAAUAGUGAGAAGUGUGUGGAGGAGUUCUUUGGGCUUGGGCCGCUGAGAUAUAAAAUUGCAAUAUAAAGAAAACCAAGAGAGUUCUUUCCUAAUUAGUGGAACACUCCUUCAGUUUGUUGCCUUUAUGAGGUACAAGACUCAAGAAUGGAAUAGUGAUUAUUUGUUGUGCUCUGUAAAUAAAAAAAAUUAAUCCAAAAUGCUGAAAUGUAAAUCCAAAUUCACUGGACAGUAGCACAAGAAUGCAUUUAGUCAAACAAACAUUUGAAGACUUUAGUAUAAAGUAGGGCUUAUUCUGUAUGUUAACUAGUGAAAUUCUUACAAUUAUUUCAUCAGCUAACAUUUUAAAAACAACACGUACAAUAUAUAAUUAUUCAAGUCAGCUAAAGACUUUAAAACUCCCAAACAGCAAACUGAGCCAACUAGAAACUCUUCCUGGGAAUAAUUUUGCAGUUUGGGUUUGCAGACUAUAUUUGAUGGGCAGGAUUUCAGAGAAAGGGCAUGUGGUUGAAGGGAUGGGAGAAGUUUUAUUCAAUGGCUAAGUCUGGCAGCAGUCAACAAGACAGGUCAAGUGGCUUAUAGCACCUCUUUUGGAUAACGCAUUAUUUGUUCCAUAUUUUGUUUAGCUAAACCCUUAAGCUCCAUUCAUUUAGUUUAGUGCCACAACUGUAGUUCAGCUUCCAAUUUUAUUUCUACAUUCUGUUGAAAGCUUCACAUUUUCCCCCAUGGGUUUUUGAAAUAAUAAUAAUUUGAAAUUACUUCAUUUAUCAUCUGAUACACAUAACCUCAGGGGUUUAUUUCCCAUAAGAUCCAGUCCACAUACAAAACCAGAUAAUAAAAGAUACAAAAUGAGUAUUAAAUAUGUCUUACAUUUUGCCGUAUAGUCACUGUAUGUACAAUUGUCAAUAACCUGGAGAAAAUCUAGAAACAAUUGCAGGUAGCCAAAAAUAGUUAACUUUUCUUACACAAAAGGAAGAACGGAGUAACCUCAAGUAAGAACCGAACAAAAGAAAGAGAUCUAUGACAGUGCUGGGUUGUGAGAAUUAUUCCAUUCAAAAAGGUAUCUUAUGUGCGGCAUGUCAAGGAGAUGACCAAAAAUGUCAGAAGACUCUAAGUUAUCAAAGAGCCACUAAAUACUGAAAAAAAUCAAAAUAAAAAAUGCCGCUAACGGAAGACCUGUCAUCUAUCCCAAACAAUACUGAAGUCAAAAACACCACAGCUCAAGAGCGUUUAAUCACCUCCAGAAAAAAAAAGAAAAUCACAAAA